AUGAGCAAUAAGUGGUUCUCAAGCUUCAAGCACGUUAUGGACUAUCGUCUAACUGCGCAAUUAAAGGAUUUUAAUAAAUUGGUUAUUUAUGGAAAUUUUCGCCUAGACGCAGUUGAUUUAGGAUUCUUAGUAAUUAUUAUAACUAUUGUAAUAGUUAGGCACGACAUUGUUGAAGCCGAGGAAAACUGCAAUGAAAUAAGUUUUGCUCAUCUAUUAUCGUGCGAAAAUAUGCGUGAAUAUAAUCUUUUACGUGGUUUAUUUGGAGAAGCACCAGAAGAAGAAGUUGAACACAUACAGGAGGAGAUUUUGGGACUGAAAUUCAGAGACAUACUGACAUUUUUUGAUGCCUCAGAUACUUCGUUUAUAAGCGAGAAGAUAAAAGAAAAUGAGCAGGAAGGGCAAGGAGACUGCUUUUCGAUUGUUUUUUCGUAUAACAAAACUGCAUUUUUAAAUGAAGAAGUGGUACGACGAGCGUGUAAUGAACCUGUCGUUACAUAUAUUUGUAAAUUCAAAGUUCAUUAUAAGGCUUAUGAGCAAAUGAUUCUAGCAGCUUCUGCGGAAAAAGAACAGAAAUAUGAUACACUAAAAAAGAUAAAAGACGAAACAAGAGGAGGCAGAAAAGCUUAUAAUAUUUAUACGUACUAUACUAAUGAAAUGGACUCUGACGAAGAAAAUGAUGCUGCCACGCAGUUUUUACAUAGUGUGUUGAUAUUUCAUUUCUCAAAUACAUUUAGUUUUCUAAUUCUAAAAUUAAAUAUUAUCUUGUCAUACGAGUUAGACGCUGCAUCUGCUUGCAUAUACGAAUUUAAUACAGUGACUGAUAGCAUCAUUAUUAAAUACAGAACAGAAAAUAUCACUCUCUGCUUGGCUAUUUCCUGUUUCAUAUUCCUUAUUAUACUUGUUGCAUCUGCACUGGCUUCUGCAGUCGAAAAAGAGUCUCUGAGAAACUCAUAUGUGUCAGAAACCAGUAAUGUUUGA